ACAGCACUUGAAAUUUUUGUGUCUUGAAACUGUUUUGAAAGCAUUGAUUGGAUUAACUAAAUUAAGUUGGUGGCUUGACGAGAUGAAAUUUGCGUGGACACAUGAUCCGGAAACCGUGCAGCAGAUGCUGUACAUUCAUCGGCUGAUUCGGAACAGGAUUGGCAACAGUGCCACGGUGAGCAGCAUGCAACCGCUGUGGUAUCGUGGCCUGUCCGACAUCCAAAUGGCGGCUGCGGAUGCUUUGCCGGCGGCGUUGGGAGACGACCAGCUGGAGGGGAGUACGUAUCGGGUGUAUCAUGUGCUGCAUCGGUUGGGCGUGCAUCCGAGGCCACCAAAGAGCGGACUACGUCGACUGAUACCCAUGAGUCGUGGCAAUGAUGUGGCCUUUCUUUGGUUCCUCAUGGAAGCGUAUUACACGUCGGAGCACGACAAUCUCUAUGGCAGCAACGAGCAGAUCAUUAUGUCGGCCAUCUUCUGGCUGGACCUCUUUCCGACACUUCGUCAGCUGGACCGUGUGCUGCCACUGCCGCAUCCCUCGGAGGAGACCAGACGGAAGGAGGCCCAGGCCGAGGCACGUCGCCUCAAGCAGGCAGCAAGAGAAAAGCUCAAAAUGGAGCACAACAGAAUGCAGUCUCACUCAAAGUCCGAGCAGUUCUCCUAUCCCAUAUUACCAUAUUUCGAAAGGCCUCCAAAGCGAAAGUUCCGACGCCGAAAUCUACUGGCCUCGGCAACAAAGCGACCGGCAAUUCUUCCCGUUGUGCCGCCAGAGACGUCAAGCUCCACACUCCGCUCGAGAUGGUUUGGGGACUUUGUCUUUGGCGAUGGCCAGUGCAUAGCCACCAACGUGCUGCAACGGGAAAUCGAUAACAUUUUGUCGUCAUUGCAUGCGGCUAAGCUGCAUCCGAGUCAAGUGGAGUCCAUGUGCCAGCACCAUAAGAUGAUUAGGGAUAUGGAGCAUUCGCUCCGACAAAAUUUGGAAAAGAUCAAGCAAAAGCAGCGGGAGCAGCUUUUACACUCCGAAAACCGCUCGAAAGAGCGGAAUCGCCGCCGGACACUGGACCAACUGGACCGAAUGGUGGAACAUUAUCAGGCGAAGUUUCAUGCGAUGGCAAUCAAGACGCGAAUGACAUCCACUCGAAAGCAGCUCAGUGCGCGAGCUUCUGAUCCGGGAUUCAUUUAUAUAGGCAAUGCCGAUUGCGAUUCGCUGGAGGACAAGAGUUGUGAUUGGUCCGAGGAAGUCAGACUAUUGCAAGGAUGCGAACCCUUGCCACCAAGUUGUCGGGAUAACACGCCAAAGCAGCCGAAGCUCAGAUGUAAAUGUCAAGUGGCAGUGAAUAAAGUGAAUAAAUCAUUACGUCAUCGUCCAAGCACAUUGAUGCAGUUUCUGCGAAUGGGAGGCACUGGAAAGAUCGAUAGAAACGCAUCCUCAUCCACCAGUCGCAGAGAAAGCAACAAUUACUUUGACCAUAAUGGCAACAACUUUAAGUUCAACUAUCGCAGACUUUUCGCACCAAGCAAAAGCACACUUCUAAACAACGAUCAGAUGCAGCUCAGGGCACAGUUUGUAAAGGCAUUGGACGAUGAUGUGGAGUACCUGAAUGCGGUGCUACAGGGCGACAGGCGGGGAUCAAUGGAAUCACUUGUGGAUCGUUCAGCAAAGCGCAUGUUUCACGAUGGCACUGAGCUCUUUCACCAGGAAUACAACAAAAUGGCGGCAGAGCAGACCCAAAAGGAGCCAGAGCAACGUUUGAACUUUGGUCAAAAGUACUACGAUGCCGACAAUAUUGAACUAAUGAAGGAAAUGCUGAAAUUGGGCUUGGAACGUGUCGCUCAAGAUCGUCGCUAUAUACUGCCAAGUCUGCCCAAUGUGCACUCUGUGCCCUUGCUGAUCAAAUGGAUCUGUGCCCGCUAUGGCAAACUCUACUCAUUGGAGGAGCGCAAGCGCAAUUUUGUGGAGGCCAACGUGCUCAUGAACCGUCUGAUGAUCAUCUUAAGGAAGGAAAUUGUGCGAAGACAUUGCCGCAGACCAACACUUUUGCCAAACAAAAUGAUCAGUAUUCAGGAUCAGAAUAAUAUGAACCGCUUGCUCAUACAUUACUGGGAUCAUUUUAUGAAAUACUUUGUGCUGUCCAUAAUGGAGCUGGGUCGCAUCUUUCACUCCAUCAUGGAGGCUGAUCUGGGCACCAAUUCGACUUCCAUAUAUUAUGCUUACAUGCCCGCUCAUAUUCGAGAUAUUGAGUUCAGCCGGAGAACGCCCUUUCUUGAUCGUCGGAAGUAAUUGUAGCCUUUUUUCGAAAUUAAACUUUUAUGAAUUCGA